CUGAAUGACACUGCGUUAUGCUAUUGCAGUUUUUAACACAGCAAGACCGACCUACCAUAGUUAUAUUUCCUAAUCAAACAAGAAAAACAAAACACUGCAUUGAACGCACCAGCAGCCAUCCUCCAAAGAUGGCCCAACAUUUAACACGGCACGAUGUCGAUCAACAAGCUCUAUUGAGCUUUAGAUGGUGAAAUGUUUUCAAAUUCUGAAAGUAAAUUUAUAUCUUUGUACAUUUUAAUACAUUUGAAAAAUGUUGUACAUUUCUAAAAGGCUUGAAUGGAAAAAUAAUUCAGGCUUUAAAAAUGAUGGCAGCGUAUUUGUCGUUUAUCAGUCAAUAGGUAUGCAUCCAGUAAAUUGUUGCCAUGGUUAUGUCGUACAACCUGAGAAAGAUGAAGAAAGAAGGACGGUCUUUGUGUUCAGUAAAGAAGUGAUUAUCUUUGUCCUACUGCUCACAAAGGUUUCACCUUCCACAGUGAAAACAGGCAAGGCCAACACAUUUUAACAUUAAAUUGUCAUUAUUGAGUUCAUUAAGAAUUAUUAUUGAUUAUAGAUACAAAAAUGAUUCAUAAAACUGUCGCCUAAAAUGUAGAAUGCGAAAACCCCCCGAAAAACAACACUUCAGUCUGAGGAGCAAAUAACCAUGGCAACCUCCUAUGCUGCUUCCCGAAUAGCCACUUGGGCUGAACUGAUAUGUGUGAGUGAAUGAUGUAUUGAACAUUAAGCAAAAUGAAUGGAAGCGCAGCUAUAACGGGCAUGGAAAACAUUUAAAGUCUAAUCUGCUACUUUACUAUGAUUAAGUACACACACACUCCGUUACCUUUCAAAAGUACCACAGUGUCUGAUUCAUCUUCGUACAACCUUCCAUCUCUCUCGCUGCUUCCGAAAUCGCCCACUUCCAUACUCUAUAGUCUGAGUCAUGAAUAGUAUGUCCGAAACCUCAGUAUGCAAAAAACAGUAGGCGAGAAAUAGCAGGAUGGUCUAUUACUUCCGCCAAGAUUCGUGAGUGUGGAUCGGAUGGACACUUCUCUAUCCCAUGAUGCCACAGGAGCAAAUUUCAAAAGUAAAUUAAAUAAAUAUAGUUGAAAACUUCAAGGCGGACGUUUGUUUUAAUUGAAUAGUUACGGUGAUGACGGUGAGAUUUCCAGUUCGUCGGAGAGUGAGGAUGAACUAGCAAAGCAGUUUGAAAUCUCUGUCUCUCGCUCACAAAGUUUCCGCUCUGGAGUCAUGGAACUCAACACCCAGGAUGCACCGGGUAAACAGCACAAAUUUAAACCCCUGCAGUCUGACCAGGAGGAAGGAAGCACAGAGCCGUCUGACUGCGAAGAAACGGAGAGAAUCAGUGUUCAAGGGUUUCAAGAUCCUCUCUCAUCCAGACGGCGUGUUAUGUCGGAGCCUAGAGACCCCCUAUCGCAGAGCCCUUUACCCGAGCGGCGAACCCCAACAGACCCACUCUCUUUAAUGGCUGAGCAGAUUUCUGUUGGCUCCCAGGACACAGCGGAUGGUCUUGAGGCCUUACCAAGAGAUGAAGGCAGUCGGGUGGGCAGCAUGGGGCGGCAAACACCACAUAAGAGCCUGGCGAUGGAGAAUUAUGGUUUUGACAAUACUGAGGCUACAGAUUCUGCAUGUAGCCCUGAGCAUGAGCAAUCUCCAUCCCACCCUCUGAGCUCUUCCCCUCACCACAUCUCCAAAUGCGGUGACCUCAUCAUUGCCCUCGACUACAGGGCUGACACCCACAGGCUCCUGGUCUCCGUGGUAACAGCCCAAGGCAUUCCAGACAAGACACGGAGUGGCAUGGAUUCCUGGCAGGUGCGCGUGGUUAUGUUACCAGGGAAACGUCAGCGGCACAAGACGGCCGUACAGAAAGGGUCCACGCCAAGGUUCGAGGAGACUUUCCGGUUUUCGCAUCUAGAACCAGGGGAUUUAGGUACUUCAAUGCUCAGGUUCCGUCUGUAUGCACUGGGGAAGAUGAACAGAGAUAGGAUGAUGGGAGAGGCCUUGUACCGUCUGAGCAGACUGAGACAUACAGAUCAGCUUGAGAUCACAUUGGUGUUGGAACCUCGCAGUAAUCUCAAGACAGUAGACUCAGAGAUGUCUUUCAUUACACCGAGCGAAAGUGCUUCCUCAACUCAGUCCGUCUCCCACGGUGGAAAUCCUGAGAUGCUGUUGGGUUUAUCAUAUAACGCCACCACAGGACGGCUGUCUGUAGAGAUCAUUAAAGGCAGCCACUUCCGCAACUUUGCGGUCAACAGACCUCCAGACACAUUUGGUAAGCUCACUAUGAUGAACUCUAUGGGACAAGAGAUAUCCCGCUGUAAGACAUCCAUCCGUCGCAGUCAGCCAAAUCCCGUCUUCAAGGAGACGUUCGUCUUCCAAGUGGCGCUCUUCCAGCUCUCUGACGUCACGUUAAUGGUGUCCAUGUACAAUCGAAAGAACAUGAAACGCAAGGAGAUGAUUGGCUGGGUGGCUCUGGGCCAGAACAGUAGUGGAGAGGAAGAACUUCUUCACUGGCAGGACAUGAAGGAAAGCGGAAACCAGCAGGUCUGCCGCUGGCACACCCUACUUGAGGCUUAGAGAAGAGAGAGAACUUGAAGAUUCCAUUUGAUGGAAAUAUAAUUUACUGUGUUGGACCGGGAGGAUAUUCCUAUGGGAAGGAGAUAGACCAUAUAAAAUGAGGCCAAGUAUACUCUUGAGAUCAACGAAAAAACAUUUUUAACAGAGACUGGUUACAAAGAUGAGGCAUGCCAUAUUGUGAGCACGUAAAAACACAAAGAACACACGCCUUUCCUUAGGAAAACUUGAUACAGGCCCUUAUCUGGUAUCUAGGAAAUGACCUCACAAUGUAAUAUACAAACAACUUACUCCGGCCCCUUGCAGCAACCAAUCAAAACACAUUAGCAUCAGUAAUUGUCGCUUAGCAAUUUCAAGAAUGGAGGUCAGAUUUGAAAUAAUUAAAUGCCUUUCCUAAGAUGUUUUAAAACCUCAAGAUAAGACCCACGCCAAGUGUGAUAUAGAGGUUUUGAGAGACCUAACAUUUUAUGAUCUGAGAGCUGUUUGCUGAACUUGUGCACUUUCAUUUAUUUUAUUUUGGUGAUUGCAAUAAAACGUUAUUACCUGUUCAAAACAUGCUGCAAUUUACAGCCAGGGAGUUAAAUAAAUGGCUUUACUCUC